AUGAUCAAUCUUCAAGGAAAAAACGCAUUGGUCACUGGUGGAAGUGCAGGUUUAGGCGCAGCAGUUGCUCACCAAUUGGCUGCCGAGGGUGUCAAUAUCGCUAUAAACUAUUCUAACAAUAAGGAACGUGCAGAGACUUUGAGCAAGGAGAUUGAGACCAAAUAUGGUGUCAAAGCAAUUGUUAUACAAGCAGACAUUUUUGAUACCAAGAACCUUUACAAGUUGGUGGAAAUCACUGUUCAAGAGUUGGGAGGUAUUGAUAUUCUCAUUUCAAAUGCCGGCUGGACCAAAAUUGUCGACUAUUCUGAUUUAGAAGGAAUGGACGAGGAACUUUGGGAUGGGACUUUUUCAGCUAAUGUCAAAGCACACUAUUACUUGUUCAAAGCGGCCAAGCCGUAUUUUGAUAAGAAUGAGGAUGGUGGGGUUUUUAUUGCUAGUGCCUCUGUUGCUGGACGCAUAUGCUAUGGCUCAUCAAUUCCUUAUGCCGUGAGCAAGGCAGCUUUGAUCCACCUUAUAAAAAUGUUGGCCAAGUCGCAAGGACCCAAGGUUCGAUUACAUGCCGUUUGCCCAGGUAUGUUGUUAACAGAGUGGGGACAGAGAUUUAGCGAGGAAAGACAAAACGCAGCAGUGGAAAGCUCGCCCAUAAAAAAGAUCACCGAUAUCGACGAGUGUGCUGCACAGUUUGUGUUGUUGUCUAAGUUAGCGACACUGACUGGUACAGUUGUUGCAAUGGACGCUGGUAUCUCCUUGUAA